AGCCCACUUCACUUUUGUGCCUCCCCCUCCCCUACCUCACCCACAGCUGAUCAAAUGUCAAAUUGUCAAGAAAAUGGAGUUUAUUAGUUACGCAUUUUAGAUUUCUUGAUAAAAAAUGCAAUAUGAGGUCCAGUAACUUGAGUUUUAUGGCUCACCAAGGCAAGAAUGGAUAGAGCAACUCCAUUUCAACCAUGGGCUGCUGAAGAAAGUGCGAAAAAUAUAAAAACCGAAAGAGAAGUGGAUGACGCGAAACUUCAUCGGGAAAAUGUCAAUCAUCCAAAACAUACGCAAACUGCGUCUUACGAUAAAGAAAGUGUCGCCGUCGCGAGCUGCUCCCCAGGGUCAUCAGGCAGCGUGGGCGCUGGUGCUGACCCCGCGAAGGGCAAGGAGUCCAAAAUGGACACUGCCAAAAUAGCUUCCAUGCAGCAGAUCGUAGAGAACACCCUCAGCCAAGAAGGUCGACAGCGAGUGGCCCAACUGCUAGAAGCAGUGGAGGCUUUAAGCGGCGCAGAGCGCCUGCUAUUGUAUCUGCGGCUGCCGACCGGAGUACCACCACACGACCCCUUGAAACAGCCUAUUAACCCUUUGGGCUCAAGGGCUGAACUUCAGCAGACUGUAACAUGGAUACAGACACAUUUAGAAGUUGACCCCGACGUUUCUUUGCCCAAACAAGAUGUAUAUGAUGAAUAUAUUGCACACUGCAUGAGCAGUAACAUGAAGCCCCUUUCGACUGCCGACUUCGGCAAAGUGAUGAAACAAGUUUACCCCACGGUGCGGCCGCGGCGCCUCGGGACUCGCGGGAACUCUCGAUAUUGCUAUGCUGGCCUUCGGAAAAAGGUCAAGUUAGAAGUACCACAAUUGCCAGAUUUAGGCGAAUCUUCGAAGGAGGUAAAUGUGGGAUCGAGAGAAACGGAGCGAAUAGUGUGCGACUGGGCCGAAUCAAAACUGGGCAUAAAGUUCCCGAGCAUUCUGGAGCUGUCGCGGCACCUGGUGGGCGGGGCCGCGCUCGCGCCGCCCGGCCCGCCCAGCGCGUCGCCGCCGCCGCUCGCGCAGCCGCACGUUGCGUACAAAAAUACGCACUAA